AUGGGCCAGUCACACUCUGAUGAGAAUCCGCGCCGACGGUCCCGCGAAGACCUCGCACAAGAACUUGCCCUCCGGUUCAAAGACAAGUGCUUUACCUCGCUGGAGUUCUACUCGCUAAAAGAUGUAUUCAAGAGCCUCGCCGACCAACAGGGGUCUGUUCGGUACCUCAAGGAAGACACCAUUGCACGAUAUCUUGAAAUCCCCGAUAUCUUAGGCGCCUCCCCCGUCAUCUUUCAAAUGAUUUCGUACCUGGGCGCAUUCCCAUUCUUACAAGAUGCACCCGUCGUGCUGGAGCUCUCGCAAAUGGUCAUGGUUAUUGUCAUUAUGACAGAGCGGUAUAAGCGCGUGCUGGCACGAGGAUCAACUGAUAGGACCAAGCUCAUCUUCAAAAGCCUGGCUGUGUAUGACCGCAAGGUGUCAGAAGCGGGCGCUACCUUGCCUUUGACAGUGUCGAAUGAUGAAACGACGAGUAGCAAGCCUGCUAAUGGUGGUGGCGCCGACGGUGGAUUUGCCAUCGAUCUUCCUGGCGAAGAUGAGUCGUACGACGACGACGACGACCUGGUUCUCACUGCGUACGAGUUGCUGGACAUCAAAGAGGCAGUGAGGCAGGGUAGUGCUCCUGAAUUUCACGGUGCUAUAAUUCCAACCGACAACUUUCGAAAACUAGUCAUGCUUUUGCUGUUGGCUGCCCCCUUGGACGCCCAGGAAAGCUUAUCACAAUAUUCUAAUCGUGUUGCGGGAUCUGAACUCGAAUUACUUCGAUCAACUGUCGAUUGCAUUCUUUCAUCCUUUGUCGACGUCGAAACCUCACCCGGUAUCAAAUACCGCCAAUUCAAGACCAUAAUACCCGUGCUUUUCCCCUAUCUAUUCAGCAGCUUCAACGCCCUUUUUGAACACUUUCUCUUCUCCAAAAACCUCGACUUCUCGAAACAUAAAACCGCCGACCCUAGAAUGCAGCAAGAACUUGCGCCGAAACCAGCUCAGCCACUCCUUUCCGACAAAGGCGACAUCUUGAAUGACCACAUGCUUGCGCAGAUAUCCCUGUUCAUCCCCGGCUCAUCGCUCUUCCGCCGCGUACGACGCCUCUACUCUGGCAACGACGCAGGCUUCUCGAUGGGCAGCUUCGACGCCAAGGUAUUCAACUGGCGCGCACCAACCAUUCUUCUCGUCAGCGGGACCUUACUCGCUGAAACGCCGCAGGGCGGACAAGAAAAUGCCUUUGCAGAUACCCUUCCAACAAAGCGAUUUCGCAAUGGGAGCAAGUCUUCUCGAGUCACGUACGGCGUGUACGUACGCGAGCCAUGGAAGCACACACACAAGGAAUGCUUCGGAGACUCUGAAACCAUCCUGUUCCAGCUAUCGCCCGUACACGACGUAUUUCCCGCCUCAACCAUCAACACCGACUAUGUCGCCUUCACAAGGCCACCUGGCAACCAACCUUGCCUCUCAUUCGGAUGCCCGCACCCCAAGCCGUCAAAGUCCAGUCGCAGAGAAGCACACUACACGUUAGGAGCAGUGUCACUCUUGUUAAACGACUCGUUUGAGUUUGGCGUCUUCAACCACGAUUAUACCUCCCGUGGGGGCGCGUUCCAUACCAGUAUAUCUCGGACAUUCGACUUCCAGGACCGCUUUGAGAUUGAUCAGUUGGAGGUGUGGGGUUGCGGAGGGGAUGACGAGGCAAAAGCACAAGCCGAAAGGUGGGCGUGGGAAGAGAGGGAAGCAGAGGCGCGGAGGAAGAUCAACUUGGGCUCGGGCGAUAUCGAAGCCGACAGAGCGUUGUUAGAGAUGGCGGGACUAAUUGGAGGGAAUAGAAGUGGAGGAUCAAUGGGAUAG